GCAGCACGGGGAAGCUUGCUAAAAGCAGCUCAACAACCAGGGAGCAAAAAUAUCUCAUUUUUAUGUAGCAGAUGCCCAGAGCGUGCAUCUACCCCUAUAAACGCACACGGACGAGGCAUGUGGAAGCUGCACUCUCCGUGCACCAGCAGGAGCAUCCCACGAGCAAAUCCAGCUCCAGAGGGGCAGAAAGGCAAUCUCGCCCCCUCUCCCAGCGAGACUGAAGUGCCACACGCUCCUUGUUUGACGACCUGGCCUGAUGCGUGCAAACCUCUGUGCCAUUUAUGCGCCCCCCGCAGCUGUAGAACUCCGUAUCGGAGCAUUCGGGUCACCCGAGCCGGGGGAAGGCGCUCGGCGGCGGCGCCAGGAAGCGGCGGUGCCGCCCGGGGACAGCUCCCAGGGGCCCUGGGCAGGAACGGGAACCGGGGCCGGUCCUGGAUGUAGGAAAUAUGAAUGACUGGCAGAGAAAAAGCCCUCUAGACUGGGAAAUGUAUGUGAACAAAUUGGUGAAAGUUGUUGCAGUUGAGAAACAUGAAUAUGAAGGAUGGGUUUUAACAGUUGACCCAGUUUCUGCCACCAUUGUCCUUGCAACAUUCCCAGAGAAUGAGAAAGGGUCCAUAUCAUUUGUCAUGGGCCAUGCCAUCCAAGAGGUCGAAAUACUGCAGGAAGGGGACAGCGACAUGAAGCAGCGCCUCGCUCGCAUCUCUGCGCCCGAGGAAAGCCAGGCCUACAGCCCGGAGGAGCUGGAGAAGAGGAAGAACGCCUUGAAGACUUGGCUGGAGACAAACCACAUCCCCGUGGGCGAGCAGGGGGAGCUGGGCAGGACGCUGAGCGUGGCAGGGGUGCUGACCAUCGAGCCCCCAUACGGCCCCGAGCAGUGCAGCAGCGCCAACGAGAUCAUCCUGGCCCGCGUGCAGGGCUUGCUGCAGGGCUACCUUGAGCAACAGCGCUGAGGCCCUGCUGAUGAAACCUUUUGUUUCUAGGAGCUCUCCUGUUUUAGGAACUCUCCUGGGCAUCAGUAUUCACUAUGUGCAGAAAUCCUGCCUUUUGGGUACUUUUGUCUUGGUUUUUUGUAUGCAAAGGAAGGGAUAAAACAAGAAGUAUGAACUCAAAGCACAAGCAUUUUUUUCAUGCGUUGUUUUUAUUAGAAGCAAUCUGUUGGAUAAUGCUUAUGUAUUAAACUGAUUUAUCAGUUUAACUUGUUUAGAAUUUUUGUAACAGUAUUGUUAAAGGUGAUAUAUAAUACAUUUAAACUGCCUUCCCUUUAAAACUAGUUUAAUAAUCUAGUGCUGAAGGCAUGUUUAUUUGAACUGCUUACCAGAUGUAUUUUUUUUUUUUCAAGAAAGAGAAUUAUGACAUGUGGACUUCCCAAACCGAAUUCAAAAAAUGUUCAUAAAGCUGUUUUGUUUUGUAGUUUUUGUGGCUGGUUGUUUGUUUGUUUAUCCCAUUACUGUUCUCCUGGUUUAGAAGAUAAAGGAUGAUGUAUGUCUGAGUUUAUAAGAUUAUUAGGGAAGGUUAGCAGGCAAAUAACAGGUUUUAAAACCAUUACCUCUCUAUAUUUGUUGUUUUAGAGCAGCAGUGCUUUGAAAACCAAUGUUCUGUAAAAGGAAAAUUUGUUGCAAUUCAGUAAGUUUGUUUGCUCUGUUUCUAGUUUAUGCCAACACACGAUGCAGGAAUCAUUAUGUGAUUAUUUCUGAGAUCAUUAAUGCAGUGAGGAACAUUUAGAGCCUUCAUUUAUCUCAGUGUGUUUGUUCUGCCUUAUUAGGAGAUAAGCAUACUGGUGCUCAAAUGCAGCUGGGAAGGCUGCCUAGCUCUUGUUCCUAAAAGGCUUUCCUCAUUCCUGCUGGGAUUUACCUAAAAUUGCUUAGAAUCUGUCAGGUUCGUUCUGAUUAUUUCUUUAAAAAUGUCUGCUGCACAUCCAUUCCUGUGU